UCUGCCUGCCCUGACAGCAUCCAAACACAGUGUGCUGCCUCUGUUCCAGGGAGAAUAUCAGCUCAGCACAGGGAGGAGAGGAUUAACGCAACCACGCAUCUCAUCUACAUAUGUGUUCCAAAGGAACUGCAUGAGAAAGCAUUUUGGUCUCCGACCUUUGUCUGCUUGUUGACUGCUAUACCACGACAAUUCUUAUUCUGACUCAUUUGAAUUAUUUCAACAAUGGUGUUCGUGCUGCUUGGCGAGGACUUGCUUUGAGCAUCAGGGACUUUCUUCAUGUUUGGUCUUCGGGGGGGUCUCCUCACCUGAGCUGGGAGACGGCUGUGCCUAGGAUGCCGUCCAAAGAGCCCUACGAGGCUCACAAAGAGGACAAGUCUCUAGUGCAGAAGGCCAAGAGAGAGGCCAACCAGGAGGAGAUCUUGGCAGCCGCUCUGGGGAUGAGGAUGGGGCCAGAGAAACCAUCGGCCACCUUCUGGCAACCUCUUAAACUCUUCGCCUACUCACAGCUCACCUCACUGGUCCGCAGAGCCUCGCUGAAGGAAACCGACCGACCGCAAAGAUCGGAGAAAGUCCAUAACUUCAAGGUCCACGCCUUCCGCGGGCCUCACUGGUGCGACCACUGUGCCAGCUUCAUGUGGGGGCUGAUGGCUCAAGGGGUGAAAUGCGCAGACUGCGGCGUGAACGUCCACAAACAGUGUUCGUCUCUGGUUCCCAACAACUGCAAGCCGAGCCUGCGACACAUCCGUAAGGUGUACAGCUGCGACCUCAGCACCUUGGUGAAAGCUCACAACACGGCGCGCCCCAUGGUGGUGGACAUGUGCAUACGAGAGAUUGAGUCAAGAGGACUGACGUCUGAAGGCCUUUACAGAAUAUCCGGAUUCAGCGACUCGGUAGAAGAAGUCAAGAUGGCUUUCGACAAAGGUGGAGAGAAGACUGACAUCUCCGUGAAAGCCUACGAAGACAUCAAUAUCAUCACGGGCGCACUCAAGCUCUACCUGCGGGAUUUGCCGGUUCCCGUCAUCUCGUACGACGCUUACCCGAGGUUCAUCGAGGCUGCAAAGCUCACAGAUCCAGACAAGAAGCGUGAAGCUUUCCGAGAGGCUCUGGCUUUGCUGCCCCCUCCCCACAAUGAAACGCUCAAGUAUCUCAUGGCGCACUUGAAAAGGGUGACGCAAAACGAGAAAUACAACCUGAUGAACGCUGAGAACCUGGCUAUUGUUUUCGGGCCCACCCUAAUGCGCACCCCCAAUCUGGACGCCAUGACCGCCCUUAACGACAUCCGCUUCCAGAGGCAGGUGGUGGAGAUGCUGAUCAAAAACGUGGACGUGCUCUUCUGAACGCGCAUCGGGCUCUCCACUUCCUGUUUUUUCUUCCAAAAAAAGUUGUUUUUAAAUACUCUUUGUAGGGACUCUUCUUACCAUGCACGAGGUGACGCUCUUCUCGACUCCGUGCCUCCCCAUUUUUGUCGGGGGUUUUUUUGUGUGCCGCUGACAGGCCAGCAUGCAUCGGUGCUUUGUAUCUCAGCAUGUGGAAAGAUUGUGUUGCUGUGAUUUUUGCUUUUGUCUGUGCUGUGAUAGAUCUAGUCCACGUUCCCGGCUGCAGCCUGCUGCGCAGUUCUUACAACUUUGCGUCGCGACAACUAAAAAUAAGCUACUGGUUUUGUUGUGUCAGUGGGGGGGUGGGGGGUCCUUUUUACAAUGUCUUAUUUUUUUAUGACCCGUUUGUUUAUUGAACCUUUCAGACUUUCCUGUCAGUGUUUGCCUGACUUUUCUUGUACGCUUCAUAGCAUUACUUGUACAUUCAUUUUGUACUGUCAUUAUUUGUACACAAUUUGUGCAUGAGCCGUUUAAUUUAUUAAACCUGGUCAAAUACUGCCUCGGGAGUGUUUGUCAAUUUGCUUGAUUGUAAAUGCCAUGCACUUUAUAAUCAGGGCAGUGACUUAUUAUUCAACGUUUUUUUUUUUUGCUUUAGGGAUCCCCCUACAGGUUUAUAGUGUAAUUACAAGUGUCCAGGCUAAAUAUGAAAGACCCCUUUGUGGGCGAUCCUUUGUUGUCAUGGAAACAGGAGUGACACUAUUUCCUUAUUCUAAGCCAGUCUAACGCCAAAAUAAUAUUCCAAUAAUAAAUAUUAGGGGUGUAAUUUCGCUUCGGUUUAGUUCCUUGAAGUGCUUUUUAAUCAAAUUCUUUUAUUAAAAAAGAAAAUGCGAACAGAACUUUUUUGAAGACAAAUAAAAGCGACCCAUUU